CUGCAGAAAUUUCAAUUUGCUAGACGGCAAAAUUCCUUCAAUUUUGGUGCAAAAUCAAUUUUACUUCACCGCAAAAUAUUUAGAGAAGGACUGUAGCCUGUCAAUCUUCACUCUCAGAAUGAGACCAUUGUCAAGUACCUGGGUAACGGUCAUCCUCGGGGCAUUAGCCGUUGCCAAUGCCGAGCAAGGCAACAACUGGGAACAAAAUCCUAUUGGCUCGGAUGAUGCCACUUCGCAAGAAUUAGUUUCAUUUGAACCUUGUAACGACUUUCCUGAAUACUGUGAGCUACCUAUUGACUGGUCAGUUUGGCUAGGAGCUACUGGCUCUGGAAGUUCAAGCAUCGAGAAGGGUCUAACAUUGAAAGACGGAGAAUGGAUAGAAUCUGUGGGCGACGCCACCAGCUUGAGCAGAACUCAAACUCGUACAGUCACUUCCAUGCUGAAUGAUGGAAUCCGGUUACUGAAAGUCGAUCUUUGCUCAAAUCACGGAGAACCAGCUCAUGUGUGUUUUUCAGAUGGUGAAAACAUCGGAUAUGGCGCCACGCUAAAGAGUUUUCUUCGCGAUUCAUUCCAAUUUCUGAAAGACCAACCACACCAAGCUCUCGUUCUCCAUCUAGAAGAAAACCCCAUGAACUCGGUCGAUAUACGCCAAGUCGAGAAAGUGAUAGACGACGUAUGCGCUGAGCUUUCUAAUAGAACCGCUGGUGUCUUUUGGUUUGAGGCCGGUCAGUGUCCUUGGAUUUAUACAAAGAAGGAGAUUUCUACACCAUUACCCACUAUGGGAGAACUUGUUGGCUUUGAUCCUGAAAUGGCACAAUGGGAAGGUGAUGGCGAACUGGUUGGCGUACGCUCACAGCUGAUUGUUACGCACUCACAAGAAUUCAUCAGACCGUAUGGAUACAAAUCCAACUACAUGUCCCAGCCUUUCUGGCAAACCACUCACGGCGUCUCACAAGAUAUUUCUCAAGUCAAAGCGCAGUUGAAAAAAUUAUGUUCAAAGGCAACAGCCAUUGAAGUUGAAGUUUCAAUUGCUGAAGUACUAAGUGAUUGUGUUGACAAUGGCAAAUGUGCAGAUGCGGGCACUAUGGAUGCUUUGAAUGAUGCUUUGUAUUCCAGACAAGGCUGCAACAUUGAAACUAUGUCGAAUUAUGCACGCAUAGCCGCCAUUUCCACCAGCUUUUACCAUACGAAGUUGGAGCAGAUCAAAGGCAUCCAACGCAAGUUGCUUCAGCUGAACGAGAAAAAGCUCAGCGCCAUCAAAUUGAGUCAUCAGCAACCAGGAAAUUCAAAGCCGAAAAAUCAGGCAUCCCAUCACGACGAGUUGUGAAGAAGAAAUAGAUAAAUUUAUUGCAUUAAAUAAAAAUGUUCCAAGUGCAAUUAUAUCCUUGACAUAACCAACAGGAUUAUCAUGCUGAAACUAAUCUCAUC